AUGUGUUCUCGUGCUUUUCAUGAUACUGAUGUCACGUCUAUGGGUUUGUUUGAACAUGUUUUCACUUAUGUAGACUUAAACUUGAGCUUAGACAUUCCAUUUAUGAGGAGUUCUGAAGGACUUCUUGGAAUAAAUAUCGUUCAAGUGCUUCAUGGUUUCUAUUCAUUGUGCAAUGACAAACGGCAUGAAAAGGCAUCAUCAACGUAUUCAAGCCAUCUGCGAAUCUCCACUUUUUCAUAA